AUGGACUUAAAGAUAGUGGGUAAGAUGUUGUCUGUACUGGCAUUAGGGUUCCUUGGUCUCCAUGUCAGUUUUUGUAGUUGUAGCAGACUUACCCAAGUGCCAGAUGUUACAUCAUGGCCAAUGCCAUCUUUACAGUCAGCUGGACUUGGUGAUCCUGUAGUUCAGAGCCAGGUAACACCAUCAGGAGUCACUCCAUCAGAGGCAAACCUGCUUCAGGAACCUCUUCCGGAGACUAAUCAAUCCCACCAGUGGAUCCGAAAGGUCUCUGAAGCUUCACAGGUCUGUGAGGUGGAUGAAUCUACCCGGGUGGGUUGUGGUGAACCUGGCAUUAGUCCUGCUGACUGUGAAGUGCUUGAAUGUUGUUAUGAUCACAGGCAGUUUGUGAGCGCUUAUGAUGGCCCCGUGUGCUAUUAUGGAAAGGCAGUCACUAUGCACUGUACCAUGGAUGGGCAGUUUUUAUUGGUCAUCUCCAGAGAUGUCACAAUACCAAGCAUCAAUCUGGACAGUAUCAGUAUCCUGGAAGCUACUGGUGGCCCCUGUACAGCUGUUGACAGCAAUGAUGACUUUGCCCUCUACCAGUUCCCGGUCACAGCUUGUGGUGCAAGAACGAAGGUGGAAGGUGACUACAUUGUUUAUGAAAACACCAUGGCAUCAUUGUAUGAAGUGGGUAUUGGUCCUCAUGGUGCAAUCACAAGAGAAGGCUCGUUUGAACUAACAUUCCAGUGCAGAUAUUUGGCUACAGCAGUUGGGAAUUUGGUGGUGGACGUGCACACGCUUCCUUCUCCUCCUCCUGUAGUUCAGCAAGGUGCCCUUAGAGUGGAGCUCAGAAUUGCUAAAGUGGUGUGUACCACUAAAGGGUGUUCUGAUGCUGAUGUGUAUAGCUCCUACUACACGGAUGCUGACUACCCUGUGACAAAGGUACUGCAGGAUUCAGUGUAUGUGGAAGUACGCAUACUGGAGAGGGAAGAUCCGAAUAUCGCCCUUGUUCUGGAUAGCUGCUGGGCCACUAGUUCCCCAUAUCCCUCAAGUGAACCUCAGUGGGACCUGCUGGUUGAUGGGUGUCCUUAUGUACACGACCGCUACCAGACAACACUGGUUCCUAUUGGCCCCUUUUCUGGUCUGCAGUAUCCAACUCACUACAAGCGCUUCGUUAUGAAGAUGUUUACCUUUAUUGACAAGGCCUCGCAAAUCCCUCGAAAGGAACAGCUCUUUAUCCACUGUAGUACAGCUGUGUGCCAGCUCUCAGCCACAGAGUCCUGUGAACCAAGCUGUCAUAGGACAAGAAGAUCAGUUUCAGGAAGAUCUGCACAGGAUUCUAAGACUCUCUCCCCAGUUUCUAGUGGUAUGGUUGUCUUUAUUGCUGACUUGCCAGUUUCAGCUAGGAGCCAAGCUGAUGGUCAUGAGGAAGUGCCUCAGGGUAUUGGCUAUGGACUGUAUGGUGUAGCUGCUCUCAUGGUGAUGAGUGCCUGUAUGCUUCUGGUUGCUGUUCUGAGACGAAGACCAAAACGGCAUCCUUGCCCUCAGGUUACGAGGCUGUAG